AUGUCAGCAGCAGGCGACGGGACAGGCUAUGGUGGAAGCGGCGGUGGCGGUAGGCUGACAGAGAUGGCUGCAGGCAUGGAGCGGUGCCGCGGCGGCGGAGGCUGUGCUGGGAGUCCCCGGACGGUGAGGUGUUGGUGGCGGCUCGCGGUGAUCCUGUUCUCCGUGUGCUCGCUGCCGGUGGCCUCCGGGCUGGUGGAGGGCCUGUACUGCGGCACUGAGGUCUGCUACGAUGUGCUCGGAGUCUCCCGGGAGGCCGCCAAGCUGGAUAUCGCCCGGGCUUACCGGCAGCUGGCCCGCAAGUAUCAUCCGGAUCGGUUCAGGCCCGGAGAGCCCGACUAUGAGGGAGAGACCCGGGAGUCCGCCCACAAGAAGUUCCUACUCAUCGCCACCGCAUACGAGACGCUGAAGGAUGAAGAAAGUCGGCGGGACUACGACUACAUGCUGGACCACCCCGAGGAGUACUACCAGCACUACUACACCUACUACCGGAGGCAGCUCACCCCCAAAGUGGACGUGAGGAUCGUCAUCCUGGUCACCAUCUGCGCCAUCUCCAUCUUCCAGUUCUACAGCUGGCACAGCAGCUACAACGAGGCCAUCAACUACCUGGUGACGGUGCCCAAGUACCGGAUCCAGGCCACGGAGAUCGCCAAGCAGCAGGGUCUCCUGAACCGCACCAAGGAGAAGGGCAAGAACCGGCGCUCCAAAGAGGAGAUCCGGGAGCAGGAGGAGGAGGUGAUCCGGGAAAUCAUCAAGACCAAGAUCGACAUCAAGGGAGGCUACCAGAAGCCCAACUUGUCGGACAUCCUGCUGUGCCAGAUCGUGCUCUUCCCAUACUACCUGACCACCUACCUGAGAUGGUACGCCUCCUGGAUCUACCGCUUCACCAUCUGCAGGGAGGAGUACGGAGAGGAGGAGAAGUUCUACCUCAUCAGGAGGAACAUGAAGAUGUCUCCGUCUCAGUUCGACAGUCUGGAGGACAGCUCCAAGCAGACGUUCCUGGAGAAACAGCUGUGGAUCAAAGACAACUACGAGGUGCACCGGAAGCAGCAGGAGGAAGAGAUGAAAGUGAAGAUGGCGACCGACCCGAGGAUGAAGAGGUACCGGCGCUGGAUGAAGAACGAGGGGCCGGGCCGGCUGACGUUCAUUGACGACUGAAGGCCCCGCUCCGUCUGUCACAUACACACUGCCUCAGUGCCAACACACACACACACACUGUGCUGUGUGCAGAAAGAUUACCUAUGCCUGUUUAUAGAGAGAGAUAUUUUCAUAGUGGAACAAACUGUGUGUGUGGGGGGGGUUCAUGUUUUACAUCAUGCUGUUUUUUCCCCCAAACCAAAUGAAAGCUCAUUGAUAUUUUUAGUUUCUUCCUGCCGGUAAAAGCAGAUGAUGAAUGAGUUUUUGUUCAAUGACUUCCUGCUCACUGACCUAAAACAGCUGCCAGAUGAUGAGACCCACCAGAACCAGGAGGCUCUGGCUCUGUCCAAAGUGAGAAAACACACCUUCAACAACUGCAAAGCUCUGUGUGACAUGCUGUUCACCUGUGCCGGACAUGUGUUAGAAAAGGAAACAUGACUCUCUAAAAGAAACAAGAAGGAAGCGGUGAAGAGAAGAAAUGAUAUCCAUCUUAACGGCCGGUUCCUUUGACCACAGCAGUGUGUGUGUUGUACACGCUGAGCUUCUGAAGCUUUUCUAUGCGAACACAAUGUCUCACUGUAAAUGGAAGCCAAAGUCCCAGCUGCAGAACAGUAUGUGUAGACUGUGAGUGCAGAUAUUUAUCACAAGCACGUUGUUAUUGUGCUCUCUGCUGUUUCUCCAGUUUUAAAUGAUAUUAUUUAUUGCCUCACAUUUCACUGUUCCUUUGUGCUCAUCAGUGUGAAGGUGGCAAAAACCAUACUGUUACUACACCCUCAUACAUCUGUGGUAUGAACACAACAAAGUAGUUUUUUAAUAAAUACAUUUGAAAACA